GGAGGGGGGUUGGAGGGGGGGAAAGAGGGGGGGGGGGGGGGUGGAGGAGGGGAGUGGGGGAUGGGGGGGAGGGAGGGGAGGGAGGGGAGGGAGGGGAGGGAGGGGAGGGAGGGGAGGGAGGGGAGGGAGGGGAGGGAGGGGAGGGAGGGGAGGGAGGGGAGGGAGGGGAGGGAGGGGAGGGAGGGGAGGGAGGGGAGGGAGGGGAGGGAGGGGAGGGAGGGGAGGGAGGGGGGGAGGGAGGGAGGGAGGGGAGGGAGGGAGGGGAGGGAGGGGAGGGAGGGGAGGGAGGGAGGUGCAGCGACUUUUCUGUGAAAUGUUGAAGCUUUGCUGCCACCAUGA